CAUUCUUAGAAGACAAAACAAACAGUAUUUUAGGAAAUUUGUUCAGAAAAAUAAUUAGACUGCAACAUGGGCACCUGGAUACUUGAGGUGGCUAAAAUGGGCAUGUACCUGACAUUUCCCGUUGCCUUGUUUCACAUCUUCAACCAGCCGGAGUACUUCGAAGAAUGGGUGACCAAAAAGAAGCGCGAGCUCUACCCACCGGAAGGCAAGAAUCAUCACGAGGAACUGCAGCGUGCCAUACGUGAGCACCACCAGAAGCACGAUGAAGCUAUGAUGCGUGCAAUGGAGGAGGCGGAGCGCAGGAAGUAAAGUGCUGCGUUUUUGUGUGCGAAGAAUGUUUUUGUAUUUAUCAAGUGUGUUGUUAUAUAAGACAAGUGGCAUACUGGGCGAGAGGUGUGGAAAUGCCUUGCAGCCGAGUCAAUAUUGAACUUGUUUUGCGACAUA